AGCCAGCAGGAGAGUGUCCACUGCAGUAGCGGAGCAAUGCCUAAAUCAAAGGAACUUGUUUCUUCAAGCUCUUCAGGCAGCGAUUCUGACAGUGAAGUUGACAAAAAGUUAAAGAGGAAAAAGCAAGUUGCUCCAGAAAAGCCUGUAAAGAAGCAGAAGACUGGUGAGACUUCAAGGGCUUUGUCAUCUUCUAAGCAGAGCAGCAGCAGCAGAGAUGAUAACAUGUUUCAGAUUGGGAAAAUGAGAUAUGUCAGCGUUCGGGACUUUAAAGGGAAAGUUCUAAUUGAUAUUAGAGAAUAUUGGAUGGACCCAGAAGGUGAAAUGAAACCAGGAAGAAAAGGUAUUUCUUUAAAUCCAGAGCAGUGGAGCCAGCUGAAGGAGCAGAUUUCUGACAUUGAUGAUGCAGUAAGAAAACUGUAGAAUCUGAACCAUAAAACCUGUACUGUUGUAGUUGUUUUACUCUGUCUUUUUACAUUGGCUUUUGUUUUCUAAAUGUUGUUUUCCAAGCUGUUGUAUAUUUGGAUUGCAGAACAAUUUGUAAGAUGAAUACUUUUUUUUAAUGUGCAUUAUUAAAAAUGUUCUGAGUGAAGCUAAUUGUCAACUUUAUUAAGGAGGAUCGCUUAUGUGCCCACCACCUAGUGUAAAAUAAAAUCAAGUAAUUCCACUCAUUUAACUGUUGUGACCUUUUUUGAUCAAAGACUAGGUACUGUUUAAGGCCCAAAGUAACAAUUUUAUAGGCAUACUAGUUUUAACUCAGCUUUUAAAAGAGGAUUUGUGUUACAUUGAGAUUUUAAACUUUUGAUUUGUGAAAUCUAUACUUGAUCUCUUCCUUCGAGAUGUGUAAAUUUGACUUUUCCACCUCAACAUUUAACUUGUUUUUCUUUUUAUAACAAUCUCCUCCUGUUCAAUUUUCAUUUUACCCUAUGUUUUUCUUAAAUAUAUUACACUAAUUUGGAAAGUUAAUUGAAACUAUCAAAAUGUUAUCUUAGUAAGGUACUUUAAAUUAUGUAAGAACUGCAGUCACUAACUCUACUGUAUUAAAUAUUAUUAGCAGGUAUAGUUAAUGUCUUGUAUGAAAACUCUGAGCAAGUGUAUUUCAUUCUCCACAGUGUUUUGUGUAGUUACCUUGUUGCUUAAUCUGCAGAAAAUGAGGACUUCAAUGUCUGAAUAGCUUUCACUCAGUAAACAUGCUUACCAUGUGCUGAUGUCAAUAAAAUCAGAUAUUGUUAGACUAGAAUUUAAUAAACAUUGUGAAAGCUCA